AUGCAAGGACCCAAAGCAUCUACCACCACCUCCGCCAGCAAGGUCCUCACUGUCAUCGCGCAGGGCCUUUAUACAGUAGUGGCCGUCUUCGAUAGCCAAGCCUACCUCGCGCUUGGAAUCAAGGGAAUCGGCUACCCUUUCCAACAUCAACAACAACAUUUACCCUUUUACUUGGCUGCUACUGCUUCAGAACUCACGCGGAGCGUGGACCGGCAACUCUCUCUACCGCUCUCUUCCGACAGAUAUACCUCGCAAACUUCACCUCUGUAUCCACAACAAAACACGCAGCAUACACAGAGAACAUACUCGAUGACGGCUCUCAAGUCGUCAGAGCUCACGGAGGAUGGAGGGCCUAUCCAGCCGGCUGCCAACAAGCCGAAGAGAGUCAGGACGGGAUGUCUCACCUGCAGAGAGCGCCAUUUGAAGUGCGAUGAAGGUCGGUACAUGCCCGCAGAUGCUCUCAAAUUCCAAGAUGAGAGCAGAGAAAUCGCGUCCGAGUACCAAGGAGGCCUGCGCCGAUACGCCCACCUCGACCGGACGAUUACACCCCCUCAAGAGCCAUCACAGUACCCAGUUCGAGCUAUGGCUAACAACAACUCUUUGCCUCCUAUACAAUCCACAGGACCAUAUUCAGAAAAUGGACCAAGUGCCUCCCAUUCGACCCACUCAACCCAUUCAACGCACUCAACACAUUCAACCCAUUCAACCCAUUCAGCCCAUUCAACCCACUCAACCCACUCAACCCAUUCGAGACCACCCAGCCACCACCGUUCCGUCGCUGGCAGCGAGUCAUUUCUGGCGCCGCCACCAUCUAGUUACAGUAAUCCCGAGCCACCAAUCCCUAAUGAAACCCGCAGAUAUCUCAGUUCGCCAGAGGAGGUUCUCUUCAUGCAAGUUUUUGUUGAGGAGGUCGGUCUAUGGAUGGACAGCAUGGAUGACCAGAAGCACUUCUCGAGAAUCCUUCCUUUCCAUGCUCUCUCAGAAUCCAUGUUGCUCAACGCUUUUCUUGCAUGUGGUGCUCGUCACUUGACCUUGGUUAACCCGAUGUACCACGAAGAUAAGGCGCUCUAUUACUACGAUACGGCAACCACCCAGCUCCUAAAGUCUUUGCAAAACCCGGACCGAGAUACCGUCUGCUGCGCGACAACGGCAGUCAUCUUGAACGUCUACGAGAUCAUGUCAGAGCGAGCAAUGCAGCGCAUGAAUCACAUUGCUGGUGCGCGAGCUUUGAUCAAGGAGUGUGGAUGGAAUGCGAGAAGCACAGGAAUUGGUGCAGCAUGUUUCUGGUUGAAUGUGGGCAUGGAACUUCUGAGCUGUCUUCAUUUCAACUGGCAAGUGGCGUGGGAGCCAGAUCAAUGGGGCUUAGACAUGAACCUUCAAGCAGAGACAGAAUCCGGAAAGGAGGAGAUCUGGGUACACCGAAUGCUCUACAUCGUUGGAAAGAUAGCGAAUUUCCGCGCUUCUGUACCACGAUUCCAGGAGGCAUCACCGCAUGAUGAGCAAGUCAGACUCCAGACCAGGUUUUCAGAGUGGAAAAGAUGGAAGGACCUGUGCGACCGCUGGAAUGCCAAUGUGCCGAGAACGAUGCAGCCGAUGGGAUUCUUACAUCCUCCACAGACCACCUCGAAAUCCGCCUUUCCGGAAGUCUGGCUGAUCAAACGUGCUACAAUCGUGGGUCGCUUGUUCUACCACACUGCCAUGUGCCUGUUGGCACAGAUUAACCCGCUGAUGUCCACGGACACGGAAGAGAUGAACCACAUGCAGAUGCAUCAUGCUCAUCUGAUCUGUGGGAUCGUUGCGCACGUGAAGGAUAGGGGCGUUGCCAGUGUUGCACUUAGGUCUCUCGCGAUCGCGGCCGAGUGUCUCGUCCACCGCCGCGAGCAGGAGGAGGUCCUUGAGAUCUUCGAGAAGAUCCGCAAGGAAACCGGCUGGAAAGUCGGAUUCAUCAGCACCGAUUUGAAAAAGAAAUGGGGGUUCCCGAGCGACGAUCUACAGCAAUCACCAAUGGCUCCACAGAGCAGCAACUCCCUCGGCCAGUUCUUCCAUAACACACAAGCACCGGCCACGAGCAGACCCCCGGCGCCACCUCCAUCACGACCUGCGCUGCCAAGUGGAAUCUUGAACCCGCUGCUUGCCAAGGCUGAUUUCUCGCUGCCGAAUCACCCCUAUCAGCAGUAUUACCAACCGCCUAACCAGAUCGUGCACCAUUCUCAGAACCACUUCGGCCCACCACCUCCGCAACACAACAACAACCACUAUCCUCCACCCUAUGCUUGA